GUGGAAGCCUCCCAAGUGGAGGGUGAUUGCAAGUCGGGACGUGAUCAAGCCAAUAACAGUACUGCAGUUGAGGAAAGGUCUCUGGAAGUGGGUAUGAAGAAUGAUGGCCCUGAAAAUCAAGCUUCUGAGAAUCCUAGGCAACAAGCCGGUGAGGAGAGUGCUCCAGCCUCAAAGAGGCAGAGACAGGACGAGUAACUGAGUAAGCCGUAUGAUCUCAGUGUUGAACUGACUAGACAAUCCUGAUUUACAAGAGAUUUAAGUUAGUAAGACUUGGCUAAAUGAUGGGUAGAGCUCCAUGACUCAUAAAUUCCCUCCCUGUUGUGUUGAUGAGUAAUUGCGAGUCUCGUGUAUUUUGCUGUCGCAAGAGGAUGAGUCAGUUUUGAUUAUGACAUUCUUCAACGCCUUUAUUUCUUAGUGUAGUUUAGUUAUGGGAGGAUGACGAUGGGAUUCUUAAGUUAGCUGAGCUCUCACCCUGUGAAGAAACAUAUUAGUGGAGAAUGGAGCAUGUUACUGAUAAAAUCAGUUUAAAAUUAUCAUAAUUA